AUGACCGACGACUCUCAGGACAUCGAAACAGCGACGACAGCGCUUGAAUCUCCUCAGAUGUCUGGUCAACCUGACGCAAAGACUCGACGUUAUGACCGUCAACUCCGACUAUGGGCUGCAUCCGGACAAACUGCACUCGAAUCUGCUCGUAUCCUCGUCAUCUCUGCCUCCGCCACAUCUACAUCCAUUCUCAAGAACCUUGUCCUCCCUGGAAUCGGCCACUUCACGUUUCUCGAUCCAGGAUCUGUCUCACAGGAAGACGCAGGCAACAAUUUCUUCCUCGAGGGUCCGGAAAGCAUUGGCAAGAGCCGUGCGAAGGAGGCUGUUCGUCUACUCAGAGAGCUCAAUGAUUCCGUCGAGGGAGAGGCGGACACGAGUCACCUUGCGAGCAGGCUAACAGACGUCUCAUAUCUAUCCUCAUUCAACCUCAUCAUCGCACACAACCUAUCCGAAUCACUCCUCCUUCCUCUUACAAAACUCCUCUGGUCAGACCCAACAACGUUACCGCCACUUAUAACAGUCCGUUCCGCUGGCUUCCUUGCCGACUUCCAUAUUCAAAUUCACGAGCAUACGAUUGUUGAUUCUCACCCGGAGGGAGCUCCGUCUUUGAGACUUGAUAAACCGUUCCCUGCGUUGCUUGAAUAUGCGAGAUCGUUGGAGCUGGAGACGAUGGAUGGGACUGAACAUGCGCAUAUCCCUUAUGCUGUUAUCCUUGUUCGAGCGUUGGAUGAUUGGAAAGUAUCACACGGUGGUGAAGUACCGAAGACCUCCGCAGACCGCGCAGCAUUCAAAAAAUCCGUCCUCGCCAUGAAAAGAAAGCCCGAUGAAGAGAACUUUGACGAAGCAGCUACACAAACCUACCGAGCUUAUACAGAAACAAAAGUUCCAUACGACAUUGCGCAGUUGUUUGAAGAUCCAUUACUUAAAACGCUCAGCCCUACGUCUCCACCGUUCUUUCACUUGCUAGCUGCGUUGAAGACGUUCACCGAGCAACCGCCUUAUACGCUUCCGCUUUCGUCUGCAUUACCGGAUAUGAAAUCCGAUACGAAGAGUUAUGUACAUUUGCAGACUUUGUAUAAACGGCAGGCGGAGGAAGAGAAGGCACGGUUCAGGGAGAUAUUAAGAGAGCGAGGAGGGGUGGAGGUGGAUGAGGCUAUGGUUGAUGAGUUUGUAAGGAAUGCACAUGGGUUGAAGAUUGUGAGAGGACAUAGGUGGGGGACGGUUGACGAGAAUCCGCAGCUUCUUGCGAACUUGUUGUCUUCGGAAGAAACGGCUUUACCUGCAGCUACUCACCUUGCUUUAUCCGCUGCGUCACAUUUACUGUCCAAGAAUCCACACAACAGUGGAGAAUUGACGGCGGAACAGCUGACAGUGUAUAUCCAGUCUAUGCUCCCAGCUGGAACUGUGUUGCCUAAGGAAGUCGCCUCUGCCGUGGGCGAAAUUGCACGCACACCAACAGCAGACUUACCUAACACAGCAGCCUUCCUUGGUGGCCUCGUAGCACAGGAAGCGAUCAAGGUGAUUACGAAACAGUAUGUACCUGUGCAGGGGACUUGUGUGGUUGAUUUGGUUGCGAGUCGGACGGGGGUUUUGAAUGUAUGA